ACUGUUCUCCUCACUCUUCAGCUCACUUAACAUGAUGCCUUUUGUUUCUGUGUUCACUUCCUUUGUCCUUUCUCUUCUCCUCACCGCCAACGCCACCCUUGCAACCUACCCACCACCGGCGCAAGCCCCUCACCCGUCUCCUUCACCACACCACCAUCACCCCCCUGCCCCGGCCCCGGCCCCGUCUCACCCUCCAGUGAGGAAGAUGGUGGCUAUUCAAGGCGUCGUCUACUGCAAGUCCUGCAAGUAUAGAGGAGUCGACACUCUCAUCGGAGCCACUCCUCUUGCUGGUGCUGUGGUGAAGCUGCAAUGCAACAACUCGAAGACGAGCAUGGAGGAGAAGAAGACGAGUGAUAAGAACGGCUACUUCUUCUUCAUGCCGCAGAAGCUGACCACCUCUGGGUCCCACAAGUGCAAGGUCUUCCUCAUCUCCUCUCCCUCCGCGGCCUGUAACGUCCCCACCAACCUCCACGGUGGCGCCCUCGGAGCACUCCUCCGCAAGCCGGUGGAGGCCCCGCCAAAGCCGCUGCCGUUUGAGCUCUUUACGGUUGGACCCUUCGCCUUUGAAGCCGCCAAGAAACUGCCAUGUCACUACUAGUAAUUUUUUGUACAUUUUCUAUUGGUAUGUGCCUGUGUUAAUGUUCUGUUAGUACGUCGUCGUUUCGUGCUUUAGUAUGCUUCUUGUUCUUGUAUUUGUAUAAUAAUAGUACUAAUGUUGCGUUUGGAUUUGCAUGGCUACGUUAAGUCGUUAAUAAAGUGUAAUUAGUAUUUAGAACCUU